AUGAAGAGAUGGAGAGGGUUGUGCUUGUUUAUGGUAUUGAUACUUGUGAUGAGAGGAGAAGGGCAAUUAGUGGAGAACUUUUACAGUUCAACUUGUCCAAACGUAGAAGCCAUUGUUCGGGAGGCUGUGGCUAGAAAGUUAAACCAAACAUUCGUUACAGUUCCAGCCACGCUUCGUCUCUUUUUCCACGAUUGUUUUGUUGAGGGAUGUGAUGCCUCUGUUCUUAUAGCUUCACCAAAUAAUGAUGCUGAAAAGGAUGCUCCAGAUAAUCUUUCCCUGGCAGGAGAUGGCUUUGAUACUGUGGUGAAGGCUAAACAAGCAGUUGAGGCGCAGUGCCCUGGGGUAGUUUCAUGUGCGGACAUUUUAACCAUUGCUGCUCGAGAUGUGGUCGUUUUGGCGGGAGGCUUUCCAUUUGCCGUUGAAUUGGGAAGGCGGGAUGGACUUGUCUCUCAAGCAUCUCGAGUAGCUGGUAACUUACCAGAGCCAAACUUCGAUCUCAACAGCCUCAAUGCCAUGUUUGCCAAACACAAUCUAUCGCAACUUGAUAUGAUUGCACUGUCAGGAGCUCAUACUAUUGGCUUUUCCCACUGCAAUCGUUUUGCAAACCGCGUUUACUCAUUUUCACCAUCGUCCCCUGUUGACCCUACCUUGGAUCCAAACUAUGCGCAGCAGUUGAUGCUAUCCUGCCCACAUAAUGUGGAUCCGUUUAUAGCUAUAAACAUGGAUCCUGUUACUCCGCAAACUUUUGACAACAGCUACUUCCAGAAUCUGGUCCGAGGGAAGGGCUUGUUCACUUCAGAUCAGGUUUUGUUCACCGAGCCAGCAUCCCAACCUACAGUAAACGAUUUUGCGAGUAGCCCAUCUGUCUUCAAUGGAGCUUUUAUCACUGCAAUGAGGAAGCUUGGGAGGGUAGAUGUUAAAACUGGAAAUCAAGGAGAAAUAAGGUUGGAUUGUACAAGAUUCAAUUCAUAA